AUGGCAGCUCACCUCAGCACAGACUUGUACCUCCUGUGCGUUGUCCUCAUUGGAUCAAUUGCCCUGGCGCAGGGGCAGCAGUCUGAGGUGGUGCAAGACCAGGCGCAGCUCGACCAGUACGGCCAGGUGGCGCCGCCCAGCGUGGAGACCAUUGGGGCCAGCCAGAACUACCGCGACUUCGUGAGGGGAUACCUGCAGUACGUGGCGGAGGCUCAGCUGGCCCCGCCCCUCGCGGUCUAA